UGUAUUUUAGUUCUCACGAUGCAGUCAUUAUUACGAGUGUGCCGGUUGCGCAAUAAAAUAAUUAAAUUGACAUCAUGUCAUGUUUGUUGGGAAUUUGUGAUUCUAAAGUAUCUCCAAACUACACACAGUCUCCAUAUACCAACAAAAUCGGAGGAAUACCGAACUGGCCAGUUAAUGUUAAAGUGUCAACACCAAGUUGUCAAGUAUGUGGAGAGCUUCAGAUUCUUGUUGUCCAGCUGUACUGUUGUUUAGAAAAAUCUGCAUACCACAGAACUUUAUAUGUAUUUGCUUGUAGUAACCCCACAUGCUGGAAUCAUCAACAAAGCUGGACAGUAUACAGAUGUCAAAGUUUGGAUAGUAAUACACAGAAUACUGUAAACUCUAGUUCAAAACAUAAUCAUAUUGAUAAUAUUGCUGCUGACUCGGGCAAAGUUGCUGAUGAUUGGGGAGUAGGAGCUAAUGAUUGGGGCAAUGAUGCUGAUGAUUGGGGUGAUGGAGGUGAUGAUUGGGGAAAUGGUGCAAGUGACAUAAGCACAAGUGCUAAUGUAACUAGUAAUCUAGCAAAUAGUUCAGAUUUUGCUGCUGGUAACAAAGAAAGGUCUACGCAGGAUAAUGGCGACUUUAAGGUAAACAAUAAUGAAGUGGUAAACUUUGAUUUACAUACAAUCAAAUCAGUUUCUCUCAAAAGCGAAAUCUUUAAUUUUGCUUUGUCUAAACAUGCCUUCAGUGUAGCUGGGAUGGAGGCUGUAUUAGGCAUGAAGCAAAAUUUAUAUGAUGUGACAUGUGGCAAUGGUGGAGAGAAACCAGAUAGUGCUUAUCAUGUUCUUUCCGAAGAUAUGCCAUCGUUGUCUGAGCAGGAAAAAUCUAACUUUCUAAACACAUGUCAGGCAUCUAGUUCAUGUGUAAAUGUUGAUGACAAAGUGUUAGAAUCAUAUUUUAUAAAUGUGUUUGAAGAGCCGUCUAGUCAGGCAGAUGAUAAUUACCAUGUGGCAAAGUUAUUAAAAGACUACCAGAAAAGAGAAGGUUGUAAUGUGAAAGAUAUGAUGGAGGGUGUAAGCAGUGAAGGGGGUGGUAAAUCUGAACAGUACGAGAAAACAAGCUUACUUCACAGAGAUUUCAUGUUCCAUAAGUUCAUGAAGAGGCUGUCACUUUGUCCUGAACAAUGUAUCAGGUACCAGUGGAAUGGUUCAGCAUUGUUUAAUAGGUCCCCAACCAGCAAGUUACCAAAUGCAUGUUGUCAUUGUGGAGGAGAAGUUGUGUUUGAGCUACAGCUAACUCCAGCUUUAAUAAACCAUCUGAAAUUCCCACAUCAAACAGAAUCCGUUAUAGAGUUUGGUACAGUAUUGGUGUAUACAUGUAAACAGAGUUGCUGGGAUGAGACAGUUACAUAUAGAAUAGAACAAGUUCUUGUACAACCUGAUCCAGAUCAUCAUUUAUUUAAAAAGAACCAAAAUUAGUUUAUUCCAAAAUACGCAAAUUAUUUAUAAAUAAUUGAAAUCAACCUUUUAUUUAAUAAUGUUUAUUUACGGGUCAUCUGUGGCUGAGUGAGUAAGGUUGAUGACUUCAAACCACUUGCCUCUAACUGUUGUGAGUUGGAAUCUCAUCAGGGACUUUGAAUUCUUUCACAUGAGGAAGCUAUCCUGCUAGCUUACGGAAUGUCGGUGGUUCUACUCCGGUUCCGUUUGUGCCUGUAAAAAUGCAUAGAUGGGCGCCUAAGGUCUUCCACCAGUAAAUCUGGAAAGUCUCCAAUUGACAUUUAUUGUGUUGGUGUGACGUGAAACCCAACCAAAAAAAAUGUAUCUGUCUGUUUCAGUGUGUUCAUGUUAUUUCCUUUCUGAAGAAGCUAAAUAAAAGUGAAACAUGU